AUGCGUUCACUGAACAUAAAAAGAGACGGACGCAACUUGAAAGAGCUCACCAGCGCCAUCAAUGAAGCCGCUGAAGAAGCCGAAUGGGGUGAUAUAACCCUAGACGAGAUGAAACAAUACAUCUUGAUGCUUUCCCUGCAAAGUCAUGACGACUCCGACACUCGCACGAGAGCCGCUCGACUUCUCGAGCAGGAUCGAAACUUGAGUUUUUCACAGAUCAUGGAUGAUCUGGAUCACUUCGAAUCUAUCAAAAGGGAUCUCUGCGCUUCAAAUAGAAGAAACAUCAACGGAGUAGAAGGUCGAACGUCGAAAACAACGGGACGCCCCCAACAACGUACAAGUACUAGUAAAAUCAUUAUUGGUCCUUCAUACAUAUGCUAUCGUUGCAACAAGCCCAACCAUCAUUCAAAUGACUGCAAGUAUAAAACAUAUGAAUGCGAGAAAUGCUUCAAAAUCGGGCAUCUCGGCAACGCUUGCAAAUCGAGAACUAACAACCAGCAACCAAGCCUGUUAGGCGCCACAGCGCGACGCCUCGAGACCAGAGCAAAGAUCACAAUAAAAGCCAGUUGUCUCACGAACAUCUCGAGUGUCAUCACAUUACAUGGCGCAGUCGCUAUUUCGAACCAAAUUGUGCUAAAAUUGAGAGAAAUUAUCCGCAAGAAAGGAGAGGACAACACGGAUCGCUGGAAAGCGUUCCAAGGAGCAUUCCUGGAUUAUGCCAUCGUCGACAAGUUGUUCGAGGAAAGACCCUUCAUACAGAUGGCCAAAUUCCGAGCCGUCCUCGGCGAGGACAACCGGCAGCUAGUGGAGAACCUAGACAUCGGACCAAUCGCAGAUUUCCUCCAACGACUGAACAGACAACUCAAGAAAUGCGAGUUCGGACCCGAGGCCAAGACGAUCCUAAGGGACCUAUUCGUCCUCGGUUCGAGACACACCAAGGCUCAGGAAGCCUGCUUUCGGGAAGAAUACACGAAGCUAGACGUCCAGAGAGCGUCUCAAAUAAUCGAGAUGUACGAAGAUAACGAAAAAUCGGUGAAACACAUCGCGCAGCAGCGAUCGGAAACCGAAGAGACAGCAAACGUCGUCCGGAACCGAGUUCGGAGUAACGUCAGAAACGUGACCAACUGUACCUACUGUGGUAGCUCACACCCAUCGGGCAAAUGCCCAGCAUACGGCAAAAUAUGCAAAACGUGCCAAAAGAGAGGUCACUUCACAAAAGUCUGCCGAUCGGAUCGGAACCGGCAGAACCAUCGCGCGAAGAUAAAUAUGAUAAAGGACGACGAAUCCGAUGGAGAGGAGACGAGGAACGAAUACAACUCUGGAUCCGAGGAAGACAUCUAUGCAACCAGAUCGAACCAGCGAGCAAGAAAGAUGUACAUAACGCUCGCCGUACCAUCACGUAAAACGCGUGGAAGCUUCAAGCUGAAAGCUCUCUUGGAUACUGGCGCGACAGUGAAUGUCGUCGGCAUGCAGACACUCGAGAAGCUGAGGGCCUGGAACGCUAAAGUCAGCGAGCUGGACCCAACGAAGCGCACCACGCUGAACAUGUACGACAACAGCUCAACCAGAACGGCUGGUACUGUCGACAUUAACAUCAGACAGCACAACGGAUCACAAGAGCUCAGAUUCCAAGUCAUACCGGACAACGCCGAUACCCUGAUCUCAGCGCAAACAUGCCUCGACCUCGAGCUGAUCCAGUUGUCACCAGCGGUAGAAUGUGUCAAUCAGAUAACCGAGAACUACCAGGAGAAACUCCUCAAACUAAAAGAACAGCAUGAGAAAAUCUUCGUCGGCUUGGGGAGAUUACCGAACAAGGUCAAAAUUCAGGUCAAACCAGGCGCGACCCCAGUACAACAACCACCCCGACGCACACCUGUAGCGCUAAUCGAGCCUCUGAUUAAGAGAAUCAAAGAAAUGGAACUUGCAGGCAUCAUCGAGCGAGUAGAACACCCAACCAAAUGGGUCAACAACAUCGUCCCAGUCCAUCGCGACGGAAAGAAACUCCGGAUAUGCUUGGAUCCACACUACCUGAACAAGGCCAUCGAGAGGCCGCGGUAUCCCAUGCCCACUCUACAAGACGCACUCCACCGACUGAGAAAUGCGAAGAUUUUCACAGUCAUCGACGCCAGCGACGGGUUCUACCAAAUGGAACUCGACGAAGAAAGCGCAGACCUGACCACCUUUUGGUCGCCAUUGGGCCGAUACCGAUACAGACGAGUGCCACAGGGCAUCGCAUCCGCGCCGGAAGAAUAUCAAAUGAGGCAGAUCCAGGCAUACGACGGUCUGAAGGGAGUCAUCGUCGUAGCUGACGAUACGCUCGUCUUCGGAACGGGGGACGACGUAGAGGAGGCGCGUAAAGACCACUACGAAAAUUUGAAGGCACUCUUCGAAAGAGCGGAAGAGAUUGGACUCAAAUUUAACAGAGAGAAGCUGAAGCUCGGACAGAUCGAGGUGAGGUUCCUCGGACACAUCAUCAGCCGAGAGGGCCUGAAAGUUGAUCCGGAAAAAACGAACGCGAUCAUCAAAAUGAAGCCACCAACAAACGUCAAAGAGACGCAGACAUUUCUCGGCUGUGUCAAUUACCUCAUGCAGUUCAUUCCUAACCUAUCGAAAACAACAGAGCCUCUGAGGAGGUUGACUCAGACGGAUAAAUACGACUUCGCCUGGCAAUCGGAGCAGCAGGAAGCAUUCGAGAAGAUAAAGAAACAACUGACGGAAACACCGACGCUAGCAUACUACGACCCCGAAAGACCCAUAGUGAUUCAAACGGACGCGUGUGAACACGGCACAGGCGGAGUCAUGCUUCAGGAAGGACGUCCGAUAGCAUACACCUCACGGACACUCAGCAAGACAGAACAGUCAUACGCAACGAUUGAAAAGGAAUGUCUGGCCAUCCUCCUAGCGUGCCAGAAGUUCGAUCAAUACAUCUACGGGGUCAGCGAGGUUGUGGUUCAAACAGACCACAAACCCCUCGAAACAAUAUUCCAGAAACCACUCGACACCUGCCCGAAGAGACUACAAAGAAUGAGGUUAGCUCUUCAGCGAUAUGCACUCAAAGUUGAAUAUAUCAAGGGGACUAACAACCCGAUAGCGGACCUGCUUAGUCGCAAACCGACAGCAAGCGAGCUCGCCGAGGAGAGCAUACUAAGACUGCAGCUGCAGAAGAUCGACCACCGGGACUCAGGCCGUAUAUCCGACAUCCUACAUGAGAGACUCCAAACAGCGACGAGAAACGACGAAACCAGCGAAAAGCUGAAGGAAGCCAUACGAAACGGCUGGAAGGUUAGAAGCCCACAGCUCCAAAGGUACUGGACGAUUCGAGAUGAGUUGAUCGAAGACGACGGAAUCAUUUACAAGGGAUCCGCGGUGAUCGUCCCAAAAGCUCUCCGAGCAGAACUAGCGAAACGCACGCACAAAUCACAUCUCGGAUACGACGCUAUGUGCAGACGAGCCAGCGGCACGAUCUACUGGCCGGGCAUUCGCAACGAUCUCAAGAACAUUGUGGAGUCUUGUGAGAGUUGUCAAAUAUACAGGCCGAAACAACGAAGGGAACCAUUAAGAAACAAACCGAUUCCUCAACACCCCUGGCAAACGAUACACCAAGACCUCUUCGUUUGGGAGGGCCGGCACUACCUCGUUACGAUCGACGGUUUUUCAGACUUCUUCGAGCUGGACUGCCUCGGCAGGGAGACCACCACAUCGAACAUAAUACGGAAGACGGAGAACCUCCUUGCAAGGUACGGUCGGCCCUCAGAACUCCACACCGAUUCCGAUCCUCGAUAUCUCAGCAGCGAGUUCCAACAAUUUCUCGAAAGCUGGCACAUAAAGCACAUACGAAGCUCACCUCACAAUCACCAGUCGAACGGGAAGAGUGAGUCCGCAGUCAAAGUCGCCAAAAGAAUCGUCAAGAAAACGACGCAUCUAGGAGAAAACCUCCAACAAGCACUUCUCGAGUGGAGAGCCACACCGCAGAAGGACGGAACUUCACCAUACCAGAAACUCUUCAACAGGGAGAUGGGAACUCUGACGCCAGCCGGGCGAGAACAACAGAAACCCACCAGCAGAGAAGCAACUCAGAAUCAAAUCGCAGAGCGGAGGGCAAAGCAGAAAAAAUACUACGACCGGGGAACGAGAGCGCUGUCACAAUUAGCACCGGGACAGAAAGUCCGCGUACAACCAUCCGACUACUCGCACGAAUGGGAGCUCGCUACUUGUAUAAGCCAGCUUAACCCACGGACAUACAUCAUCGAAACACCGGACGGGGCAAACACAGGCAAUGGGGGCGCCGGAAAAAACCCGCGGGACGAAACGUCCGGCGUCGACACCGAUUCGGAACAACAGAACACUCCGAUCCCGAAAAAUAGAACCGACAAUGGGAACGCCGGAAAAACCCCGCGGGAAGAAACGUCCGGCGUCGACACCGAUUCGGAACAACAGAACACUCCGAGCCCGAAAAAAUGA